UAUAAAGUAAACAAUCGAAAAAUUCCACCAGAACAAAAACGCAUAGACUCGAACUUACGGAUCAUACAAUCAACGACCGAACCAACUUCACAACACCCCUAAUCUCACCGCUUUAUCACACCGAAUUAAACAAUCCGAUCCGAUCUCAGCAACGUCCGACGAUCGAUUGGAGAAGAAGAUCUCGAAAAUGAGGUCUCAAGGGCUUGAUUUGGGAGCUCUGAACUGAAAUGCAGUCAUCAAAUUCACCGCCAUUAGCGUUGAGUCCAUUCGCAUUCAAUGGUGAUUUGAGCGAGGGCUUCGAGGGCACUAGCGCUUUGUUCUUCGCUUCGUUGCUGUUAUUCCAAGGCGGCGGGAUGGAUUUAUCCAAGGUCGGAGAAAAAAUUCUCAGUUCAGUUCGCUCCGCCAGAUCUCUCGGCCUUCUCCCUUCUACUUCCGAUCGUCCCGAGGUCCCAGCACGAGCUGCCGCUGCAGCAGCCGUUGCUCGUGCUCUUGCUGGAUUACCUCCAGAUCAAAGCCAUGGUCUCCUGUCAAGCUCUGAAGAAUUGAGUUCAAUACAUGGAAGCAGGCCCCACAGUCAAGUAGUGGAGGAGUUGGAGGACGAAUUUUACGAAGAGGAAUUUGAUCCUGUAAGACAUGUUCUAGAGCAUAUUCCUGCUGAAGAAAAUGAGCUUGCAUAUUUUGAGGAAAAGGCAUCUCUUAGAUUAGCACAACUGGAUAUGAUCUCAGAACGUUUAUCCCACCAUGUUAUGGAGCAUCAUGAAGAAAUGGUGAAGGGGAUGCAUUUGGUAAGGGAAUUGGAGAAAGAUUUGAAGGUUGCAAAUGUCAUAUGCAUGAAUGGAAGAAGACACCUUAUCUCAUCAAGGAAUGAGGUAUCAAGGGAUCUCAUUGUUACUACAAAUUCCAAAAAGAAACAAGCACUUUUGGACAUGCUUCCUAUUUUAGCUGAGGUUCGUCAUGCAUUGGACAUGCAAGUGGCACUCGAAAACCAUGUUGAGGAAGGAAACUUCUGUAAGGCGUUCCAAGUCCUAUCUGAGUAUUUGCAGCUUUUAGAUAGCUUGUCAGAGCUUUCAGUCAUACAAGAGAUGAGCCGUGGUGUGGAGGUUUGGCUGGGAAGAACUCUUCAAAAGCUGGAUUCGCUUUUGAUAGGAGUUUGUCAAGACUUCAAAGAGGAGUCCUAUAUAACUGUGGUCGAUGCUUAUGCAUUAAUUGGGGAUGUUUCUGGUCUUGCUGAAAAGAUACAAAGCUUCUUUAUGCAGGAGGUUCUUUCUGAAACACAUUCUGUUUUGAAGAGUAUUGUGCAAGAGGAUCUGGAAGCUCCCAAUACGCAAACUAGUAGACUUACCUACAGUGAUUUAUGCCUUCGGAUACCUGAAUCGAAGUUUAGGCAGUGUUUGUUAACUACACUAGCUGUCCUUUUUAAAUUGAUGUGUUCAUAUUAUGCAAUCAUGAGUUUUCAACCAGAGAAUAAGUCAUCGAUAUUAUAUGGAGCUAUUUGUAUAUCCUUAUUACAGGUUCCAGCAUGCCAAACACCGCAUACGAAGCAGAAGAAAGGUGACAUUUCAGGAUUAUCUGGGGAUGUUCAGCAUGUUGAUUCAGUAGCAAGAAGCUCUUGUAAUUUCCAGGCAGAUGAUGGUUUGCUUUCUGAAUCUGUGAACAGAAUGCCUGUUUUACCUACUACAGAGGAUCCUACGACAACCAACACUUCUUUUGCUGAUGAUAGUAGAACCAAUGGCUCUAUGUAUAUAGAUUCUCCUGAUUCAGUUGGUGAGGCGAGGAAUGGGGGGAGUGCAUCAAGUAGUGAAUCGCCAUGGUUUCAGUUGCGAAAAGAUGCUACAUCAUUUGUUUCACAAACCUUACAGAGAGGCCGCAAGAAUCUUUGGCAACUUUUAACAAGCCGAAUGUCAGUAUUGCUUUCUUCUGCUGCUGUUUGUUCAAGCAGCAUGCAUCAAUUUUUGAGAAAUUAUGAAGAUCUGAAUAUCUUUAUCUUGGCUGGGGAAACUUUUUGUGGAGUUCAAGCAGUUGAGUUCAGGCAAAAAGUGAAGGCCGUUUGUGAAAAUUAUUUUUUUGCUUUUCAUCGGCAAAAUAUAUAUGCACUGAAAAUGGUCAUGGAAAAGGAGAAUUGGCUGAAACUGCCGCCAGACACAAUACAAGUGGUAAGUUUUGCUGGCCUUGUUGGUGAUGGAGCGGCCCUUAUUGUCCCAUCUGAUCGCAUCUCAUCUAAUGCUGGAGUGCUGCACUCCAGUAAAUCAGCAGACUCAAUUGAAACUGGCUCUAAGAAAAGUGGAUUUUCCCAUUGGCUUAGUAAUGGAAACCCAUUUUCGCAGAGACUAAGCUGUGCUUCCAAAGAAUAUCAUGAUUCAUUUUUACAAAAUGGGUCAGCAACCUCAGGAGAAGCUGAUGUUAAAACUGAUGAUUCUCACAAAGAUAAGCUAUCUCCGAGGAAUAGUGUUGAAAAUAAUGUGAAUGGCAAUAAUUCUGUUUCAGAAGAUGAAAAUGAAGAUCUUCAUGCAGACUUCAUUGAUGAAGAUAGCCAACUCCCGAGUCGGAUUUCGAGACCUAAUCAUUUAAAAAAUUACUCUUCACAUUGUAAUGAUGAAGAAACGAUAGCACAAACAGGGUCGUCGCUUUGUCUUCUAAGGUUGAUGGAUAAAUAUGCAAGGCUAAUGCAGAAGCUAGAGAUAGUUAAUGUUGAGUUCUUUAAGGGAAUUUGCCAAUUGUUUGAGAUUUUUUUCCAUUUUGUGUUCGAAGCAUUUGGUCAGCAGAACACUUUUCCUAGUGGAAAAGGCUUGAAUGACUCUCUCACUUAUCGGCUGAAGACAGCCUUAUCCAGAAUAACACAAGAUUGUGAUCAGUGGAUAAAAUUCCAAUCUGCAUCAUUUUCUUCCUCUACAUCCACAUCUUUGAAUGAUGUGACACCUACUAGUCCACCCAGUCACUUGCCCAGCACAUAUUUCGGCCUGAAGGAAAGAUGUGCUGGUGCUGACACUAUUUCUCUUGUUGCUCGAUUAUUGCAUAGAUCUAAAGCUCAUCUUCAGUCGAUGCUUCUGCAAAAUAAUGCAACUAUAGUUGAAGAUUUCUAUGUGCAUUUGGUCGAUUCUGUACCAGAUCUUACAGAGCAUAUUCAUAGAACGACUGCAAGAUUACUUCUCCAUAUUGAUGGGUAUGUUGAUCGAAUAUCAAAUGCUAAAUGGGAGGUUAAAGAACUUGGAUUAGAGCAUAAUGGGUAUGUUGAUUUGUUGUUGGGAGAAUUUAAGCAUUACAAGACGAGACUUGUUCAUGGAGGAAUUCAGAAGGAGGUUCAAGACCUCCUCUUGGAAUGUGGAGUUGAUAAUGUUGCUGAAACUCUCAUUGAAGGUUUAUCACGAGUGAAGAGGUGUACAGAUGAGGGACGGGCUCUCAUGUCUUUAGAUCUUCAGGUUUUGAUCAAUGGCCUACAGCAUUUUGUCUCCACAAAUGUGAGACCAAAAUUACAAAUGGUUGAAACUUUCAUCAAGGCCUACUACCUUCCAGAAACUGAAUACGUGCACUGGGCUCGUGCUCAUCCGGAAUAUAGUAAAAGUCAAAUCAUAGGGCUGGUGAACCUCGUUGCCACGAUGAAAGGUUGGAAAAGAAAAACCAGGUUGGAAGUAUUAGAAAAGAUAGAAUCAGGAAUGUAGCUUCCUGCAAUGAUACAUAAGAUCUCAAGCAUAUAAAGUUUUUUAUUUUCCUUAUUUUUUUCCCUUUUAUGAUUGAUGUAAAUUGGAUAGUUUCUUGGUCUCGCCAAUUUAUAGAGUGAACAUCUCAAGGUUGUAUAUCUCCUUCCUGAGUUUGUAUUAUAAAACCUUCCCUUCAAAGAAACAUCAAAUGUAAUUUUUAGUCAUAUCAUACGGCAAAUAAUGAGUUCAAUUCAGCA